CUCGGAAGGGCAAUCCGGCGGGCGGGCCCUCCGGCUCUCCUCCCCUGCCUACUCCUCUUGGGCGGGAAAGGGCUUGCGGUUUCUUCCCCUCCCAGGAACAGAAAGGGAGGCAGCAGCCUUUGUGUGCUUUCCUGGCUCCAGCGCCGCCUGCCCGCCGGCCGAGUUUUCCUCAUUCUCUGAAGGAAGAAGAAGAGGAGGAGGAGGAGGAGAAGGAAGAGCUCCUCCUCCUGCUUCUCCUCCUCCUCCUCCGCGGCCAUUUGCCUCCGCCCCUCGUCGCCAAACGGGACUCAUUCGCCAAGGAGCGGCGGCGGCGGCGGAGAAGAAGCAGGUAACAAUGCUGAGCUUUUUUCGGCGAACGCUUGGGCGCCGGUCUAUGCGCAAGCAUGCCGAGAAAGAACGACUAAGGGAAGCCCAGCGAGCUGCAACUCACAUCCCUGCAGCGGGAGAUGAGAAGUCCAUCAUUACUUGCAGAGUCUCUUUGCUGGAUGGGACGGAUGUCAGUGUGGACUUACCGAAAAAGGCCAAAGGACAGCAUCUGUUUGAACAGAUCAUGUACCAUCUGGACCUCAUAGAAAAUGACUACUUUGGACUACGAUUUAUGGAUUCAGCACAAGUGGCACACUGGUUGGACAACACAAAAAGUAUUAAAAAACAAGUGAAAAUUGGCCCCCCAUACUGUCUGCAUCUUCGUGUAAAAUUUUACUCUUCCGAGCCAAACAACCUACGAGAAGAACUCACAAGAUAUCUAUUUGUUCUUCAACUAAGACAAGACAUUCUGAGUGGGAAAUUGGAGUGUCCCUUUGAAACAGCAGUGCAGCUGGCAGCUUACAUGUUACAGGCUGAACUGGGGGACUAUGACCCUGCUGAGCAUAUCCCUGACAUAGUGUCAGAAUUCAGGUUUGUGCCGAGUCAAACUGAAGAGAUGGAACUGGCUAUUUUUGAGAAGUGGAAAGAAUACAGGGGUCAAACACCAGCACAGGCAGAAACAAAUUAUUUGAACAAAGCAAAAUGGCUGGAAAUGUAUGGAGUAGACAUGCAUAUAGUCAAGGCAAGAGAUGGUAAUGAUUAUAGCCUCGGACUAACACCAACAGGCGUUCUCGUGUUUGAAGGCGAAACCAAGAUUGGAUUGUUCUUCUGGCCAAAAAUCACAAGGCUGGACUUUAAAAAGAAUAAGUUAACACUAGUGGUGGUUGAAGAUGAUGAACAGGGAAAGGAGCAGGAACAUACUUUUGUCUUCAGGCUGGAUCACCCAAAGGCCUGCAAACACUUGUGGAAGUGUGCAAUUGAGCAUCAUGCCUUCUUCCGCCUCCGUGGACCCGUCCAAAAAGGUUCCAGUCGAUCAGGCUUCAUUCGGCUGGGGUCACGGUUCAGAUACAGUGGGAAAACAGAGUACCAGACAACAAAAACCAACAAAGCCAGAAGAUCAGCGUCCUUUGAAAGAAGACCUAGCAAACGAUACUCAAGAAGGACAUUACAAAUGAGAGCAAACCCUGCAAAGUCUGAUGAUACUAGAUCUUUUGAGAGCUGCCCAGUCAGCCUUCCAAAUAAUGUUUUCAGCCAAAAUAACGGAUCACAGCCGACCUGGAGUGCAGUGACAGUCUUGCCUUCUGUAAUGCCAGUUCCCUCUGGCCCUGUUUUAGUUGAAAUUGAGAAUCUUCCCAGGAGUCCUGGAACUAGCCAACAAGAAAAGAAAAGUAUGCCACCAAUUGUUGACUUACUGGAUAAGAAGGAAUUACUGGAAACAUGCAUUGACAAGACUGCUGGUUUAUCUCCUGUGGGAGGAUCAGCUGAAGCUCUGGAAGAAACAGAUAUUUCUUUCUCCCCGCUUGGCACCAGGGAGCACCCGUCCGAGAAGGCAGAUCCUGUUGUAAUAGUUGAGGAUCCAUCAUUGAAAUUGAAGCAGCCUGAGGCAGAGCUCAGUCCGGUGCUAGUUUCCCAGUCAAACAUCAACAUCAAUGUCAACAAACAGGAGGAAGUGGUGAAGCUGACAGAGAAAUGCCUCAACAAUGCCAUUGAGAGCCCAGCGAAUGCCUCAGUGCGUCUGCCUCCAGACAUCAAGAGCAACAUCCUGAAAGCCCAGGCUGAGGCAGGGCACAAGGUCAUAAGGGAGGAAAGCAUAUCCGGCACCAAGAACACUAAUAUCCAAGAUGCUGCUACCAGGAGUAUUCUUCUGUCAGGAAAACUUCAGAACAGCGCACUGCGAGCCCAGAGCCCAGUGUUUCCGGAGCCAAAAGAAGGACUGAAAGUGAUCGCAGUCUCAAACGCCUUCAUGCCGAGCGAAUUAAGUGCAGAUAAUGCUGUUUCCAUACCUGAAGAUUCUCAGACACUUCAUAACCCAAUUCCUGCAGAGGAAGCUGCUAUUAUAAAGAACUCUCCAGAGGAUAUCGAGAUUUUGUUAACAUCACAGACAGAGAAUUUAAUUGACUUUACAGAAGCCAUGCCUCGGGUGUCUUCUCCACCCACAAUUAUGCCCAGGUGGUUAGUGCCAAGUGGACUGGUUUCCAAUGGACCUUUGGGGAGUGAGGUUGCUUUAGCUCUUAAGGCAGCAAGAGGAAGCAGCGAGGCACUCUCGGUGUUAGCUGGCUCUCCGCCACCAUUGUUCUCCCCUGAAAUCAUGCCCAGUGCUGUUGCUGAAGAUGCCACAAGAGAGCCAAAGUGUUUGCUCACCACUGAACUCUGAGCUUUGGCAAAGUCUCAUCUUCCUAGCAUCUCUUGCAAGCCCUCAAAAAGGACUUCCUUGGAAUUAUCCAAUGCUGUGACCACGGUUAAAAAGAAAUACCUGGGUGUUUUAUUGUGGAUCCUGUCAACUGGAAUUAGAGUUUAACUAUAGGACAAAGAGCUCUGGGAAGCCUGAGCACCUCUUCGUAAAAUACACUGGAACAAGUCUCGAUGCGUAUUGAAAUUUGUGAGGUUUCCAUCCAUUAGUAGUACAUAGAACUCUUUGCUGACUUAUAAAUGUAAAAAGAAAGUGAUCACUGUGAUGAGCCAGUUAGCUGAGUUUAUUUGCAUCCAGUAAAUGGAAGGAUCAAACAUUUUAAGGCCAUCUGCUGGUCAUUGCUAUAAGAACAAAUAUUACUGAUUAAAAAAAAUAGAGCAACCACUCUCUUAUUCUGUGGGGCCAGCUUCUCUGAUCCUCUUUUGUAUUGAUAUCUGACCAGUUUUCUUGGCCUUAAUCAGCUUUCUAGAUUGUGUACUUUUUCUCAGAAUGUAAGGACCAAUUUUUAUUCCACUAGCAGGUUACACUUUUCUAAUCUGGACGUGGAAGCAAUUAUCUUAUCAUAUACUUUAAAGAUACUGCCAUUUCCAUGAGUACAUUGCCACAUUCUCUCCCAUUCUGUAUAAAUGACUGUAUGGUAAGCAAUGGGUACACUUUCAGUGAAGGAAAAACUUGAGAGAGAAGAACAUAUUCCUUUGUGGUCUUUCACAGGGUGAUGUCUAGACUUGAGAAGAAAUAACCUGAAAUUGUUAAAGUUCUUCUGAAUAUGUCUGUGUCCAUUCUACAAAGUGCAUUACUCUUGUAUUGCAGACAUUGCAUGUUCGUGUAAGUAAUAUAUUAGGAGUUAUUGUUCUAUUUCUCUCUCUGCUCCAGGGGAGGUUGCAAUUAGACUUUGCCCAUACUGAUUGUUAAAGCAAAACAUGCCAACAACCUUCCCUACCUUCUUUAAAUUAACCAAUAACUUGGCAUUUAGAGAAAAAAUUCCCACUAUGCAUUGAAGAACUGGUUAUUUUAGACCGAUAGCAGAAUUGUUUUCUACCAUAAACUCAGGAAGAAUGCUGUAUGUGAGCUAAGUGAGCCUCUGUUUAUCUCACAUGUAGAUUUUUUUAAAUCUGAUGUCUGCUUUGAACACUGGAAGAGAACAAUUAAAACAGGAAUAUGCAAAUAAGACACUGCCCUUUUGUCCCAGCUCCCAAACUAACUGAGCUCCCUUCUUGUCAUCAAAAGGGGGUACAAUAUGGAAAAAUGCAAUCAUUUUCACAGUUCCAAAAUGACCUUUAUAGUGGAAAAGCAAUUUGGUUUGCAAGAAGGGGGUGCUUUAAGAUGAACAGUUCCUAAUGUUGUCAAUUGGAAGAUGUAAUAUACCUGUCCUAUGUUUUCUUCUGAACAAAAAAAAGAUGAUGGAGAAGAAAAGCAUGGAAAGGUAUAACUGGAAACAUUAGUAUCUUGAUCCUCUGUAAACAUUAUUGUUUGAAACAGAGCAUUUAUAGGAUAAAUGCUUCACCCGAAAGUGUUCCCAGUUAGAAGAAACCUUCUAGUUAGUUAGUUAGUGUAUUUACACAGUCAGUUAUACAUGGAGUAUCAGACAAAUUCAUUGUGUGAACAGCUUGGUCACUCUUGUCUUUCCCCUCAUUUCCCCCUUGCAGCAUAGCAUACACUGGAGCGCAGGAUGCGUAUGGGGAGGGGGAAAGAGCCAACUACAGGGUGUUUGCUUUACUCCUUUGUGUUCCCUAGAACAUUGCAAGUCUAGCCAGUUUGUAGAGUGUUACAUGUUGAUUUGCAUUGCUCAGUUCAACAAGGCCCAGCCCAAACAUGCUGUUUGUGUGAUGCAGGCCUCCAAAUGUGUUGCUCCACAUCAUCCCUGGCUAGCAGCCUGUUAACUGUGGGGCACUCGGUGGAAGGCUGUUGGAAGAGAUUGGUGUAUCUUAUUUGCAGGUUACUAUUACCUAAAAGUUAUUCUAGGUUCUGAACAGUAGCCUAACUGAGAAAUGCUGGUAAAGUAACAUUGACUUUAGUUAAUGCAAAUGUGGGGAACCUUUAGACCUCAAGUAAUUGAUGAAUAACUCUUCCCAUCAUAGCUCAUUUCUGGCUAGCUAGGGCUGAUGGGCAUUAGGGUUCAACAAUAUUUGGAAGGCCAGAGUUUUGCAAUCCAGGUCUUAAUACAUUGCACUAGUGUUUAAAGAAACUGAUCAAAUUGCUUGAUCACUUCAUACAGUUAUUGAAUGGCCGGAGCAAACCUUAGGAGUUUGUAGUAAUGCAUACUGAAAUGCUUGGUUGUUCAGCAUCAAUAUCUUAUCCUGUGCGAGCAAACAUUUCACCUGCUUUAUGUAAGGACAAUGGCAUUGAGGAAAAUACAGUAUUCCACAUGUAUGGUUCUCAGUUGCACACUCAAAACAAGAAAGUGUUCUGUUUUUCCUUCUUGCUUGUUUUUCUUAACUGGACAAACUUACUUUAAAGUACGUAAGAGUUUUUGCAUUAGAAUAUUUUGUUAAAGAACCACACCACUAACUGCUGUAUUUGUAACUUUUUUAACGAUGUAGAGCUUGACAGUUGCUCUAAGUAUAACUUAUUUUUUUAAGUAUUGUGUACAUAUACCUGGUGCACAGUUUCAUGGCUGCAGAUGUACAAACUGUGCUAGAAUAACUGCACUGAACAUCUGUACACGGGAACAAUGACUGUGAGUUGUAGUCCACUUGAAAUUGGUGGCAAGCCAAUUAUGUUGUAGUUUAUUUCUAAAUAUAACAACUGUGCAAAA